UUGCCAGGUCCAGUGAUUAUAAGCAAUUUUGUAAAUUAGCUUAGAAAUAUCGUAUACGUAGGCUUGGGAUUUUUUUCGUUGCUAAAUUUAGUUUUAAUAUUUAAUAAAACAAAUAUAUUCGCGAUAAUAGUAAACAUUUUAAUUGAUUUGGCGCUUUUUUUGCAUUCGUAUUUUGACCAAGUUGCGUGUGUUUCCACCAAAUCUGGCAAAAGGGAAUGCUCGCUUGUCUCUUUAUUUGACGCUGCAAUGGACCGAAGACAAUGUUCGCCGCCUUCGCGCGGCGCCUGUCGGGAUCGGCUGUAAUUCGCGUCGUGACGCUGAAAACAUUUAAGCGGUUGAAAUCGGUUAGCGUAAAAUAAAAACGGUAAUUUCUUAAUUCUUUGUUGUUGUUUUUGCCCCCCUGCGCUUCCAUAGCUCGACAGUAGUUGGCAGUGUAGCAGUGCGCCGUCGGACUCCGGUUAAUGCGAUGAAGAAAACGUCCUCGGCCUCUGAUUGGUCCGUUUCGUAUUUAUCACAGACAUGGCGGAAACUGGGGGAGAAGAAGUGGAACGCGGACCGUACUUCUUCAAAGAAAGGAUCAAAUGUAGCCCCGAGGAGGAGGCCAACCUGGAGAGGCAACAUUUCUGGAGAAUCGUCGAUGCGUUUCGAUUCUACAGGACUCACAUCCAGGAGCAGGUCAAGCGGGCUCAGAGGCAGUUCCGCAGUCUACCACCGAACCACCAGAAGUUGCUGCCAGGGUUUCUGUCCAACCUGAACUACAUCGGUCAGUGUGCAACGUGCAACCAGGACAUUCUGGAGGACAUCGUACAGAACAGCCUGCACAUGUUCGAGAACACCGGGUUCGGCGAGAGGGAAGAUCCGAUGAAGCUACACCCGCCGUCUACGUUUGACAUGGACAAGCUCAAGUCGACCAUAAAGCAGUUUGUCCGAGACUGGAGCGAAGCCGGCCAGUCGGAGAGGGACACCUGCUACCUGCCGAUCAUCCAGGAGAUCCAGAGGCUCUUCCCCAACGACCAAUAUGAUGUGUCUAAGGUUAGCGUCCUGGUUCCGGGGGCCGGACUCGGACGCCUAGCGUGGGAAGUCGCUCGGCUGGGCUACACGUGUCAGGGCAACGAGUGGAGCCUCUUCAUGCUGUUCUCCUCCAACUUCGUCCUCAACAGGUGCGAGAAGGAGAACGCCCUGACCCUGUUCCCGUGGAUCCACCAGUUCAGCAACAACAAGAAGUCCUCGGACCAAACGCGAUCCGUCACCUUUCCGGACGUGAACCCUCAGGGUCUACCGCCCGACUCCGACUUCUCCAUGGUGGCAGGAGACUUUGUGGAGGUCUACACCGAACCAGUGUCCUGGGACUGCGUGGCCACGUGCUUCUUCAUCGACACGGCUCAUAAUGUCAUCGAGUACGUGGAAACCAUCUGGAAGAUUCUGAAGCCCGGCGGAGUGUGGAUCAACCUGGGUCCACUGCUGUACCACUACGAGAACAUGGCCAACGAGCUCUCGGUUGAACUCAGCUACGAGGACAUCCGAACAGCCAUGGUGAAAUUCGGCUUCCACCUGGAGGUGGAGAAGGAGUCGCUGCAGACCACGUACACGGAGAACAGCCGCUCCAUGCUGAGGUACGUCUACGACUGCGUGUUCUUCGUCGCACGCAAACCUGGGGGCCGCUUCUCGGACGGUCGCGGGGACGACGACAGGCAUUGGAAAUCUCCCCUGCCGGCUAAGACGCCGCGCCGCGAAGGUCCGGACAGUCUGACGUGACGGCAAAUGAUCUUCGGAAAAAGAAAAUAAAGGCGGAAAAAACAGUGACUAUGAAGGAGAUCAAAGACAAACACAGAGGAAAAAACGUCCAUUUUUAACCGUUACAGCGUGUGUAUGUGUGUGUGUGUGUGUGUGUGUGAAUGCAGGUGUUAAAUCGUGUCAUCUUUUAAAAUGUAUUUAUAUUUUCGUUACAUCGUAAACCGAGUCCGUAAAUGUUUGUUUUCUUAUCACGUAUUGAAAUGAAGAUAUUUUUUCUUUUAAUAAAAAAAAAAACAGU